CAUGCAUUUUCUAAUCAAGUGAACGUAGAUACAAAUGGAUACAUUGUUUACUGUCCCUGUAUGGGACGAUUUGGAAAUCAAGCAGAUCAUUUUCUCGGUGCUCUGGGCUUUGCCAAGGCCCUCAACCGAACAUUUGUUAUUCCUCCAUGGGUGGAGUACAGGACUGGAGAAGCUGCUUCUAGGCAAGUCCCUUACGAUUCGUAUUUCAACGUAACAGAAUUGGAAAAAUGUCACAAAGUGAUUUUAAUGGAGAAAUUCAUGGAGGAGUUGGCACCUUCAGUGUGGCCAGCCUCUGAGAGGAUUUCAUUUUGCUAUUCACCACGAGGCAACAAAGAAUCUUGUAAUGCCAAGGAAGGCAGCCCUUUUGGGCCCUUCUGGAAUAGAUUCACCGUCGACUUCACAGGUUCAGAGUUCUAUGGACCAUUCCAUUACGACGUCUAUAACACUGAUAUCGCGAGUCAGUGGAAGAGAAAAUAUCCCCCGACUUCCUGGCCAGUAUUGGCUUUUACUGGGGCUCCAGCAAGCUUUCCAGUGCAACUGGAGAAUAAAUAUCUACAGAAAUGCGUAAUCUGGAGCGAUGAAAUGCAGAGAAAAGCGAGGAAAUUUAUUAAAGACAAUUUGCCAAAAGGUGCCUUCAUUGGGAUUCAUCUCAGGAAUGGAAUUGACUGGGUGCGGGCGUGUGAAUUUAUCUCGACAACUCCGAAUUUAUUCGCUGCCCCCCAGUGUUUGGGGUACCGAAAUGAGAGGGGGAAAGCGACUCAGGGGAUGUGUCUACCUUCCCUCGAUAUUAUUCUUAAGCACAUAAAACGUGUUAUCAGGAAUGGAAAAAAUAUAAAAUCAAUCUUCGUUGCAUCCGACAGUAAUUACAUGAUCGAGGAGCUCUCGAAAGCUCUAUCGAGAAUGGAGAUAAGUGUGCAUAGACAGCCUGAUCCAGUGUCUCCACACCUCGAUUUAGCAAUUCUUGGUAGAGCUAACUAUUUCAUAGGUAACUGUAUUUCAUCGUACAGUGCAUUCGUCGCGAGAGAACGAGAAGUCAAAGGAUAUCCAACAUUCUUCUGGGGAUUCCCUCCAGAGAGAUCAGCCACAUCAAUUCCACGAGAGGAAUUGUAGAUUCUACAUUUUUACUUUAAUUUACAGUUUUUAUAUACAGGUUGACGUUCCAAUAGAAUUAAACGUGAAGACCCUCCUGGCUUCACUUGGAAUUAUUUACAUUCUAAAUUUGAAUAUUCAAUAAAAAAUGAAUAUUCAAGAAUUA